GUUUUCUCUACCGCUGUAUCCUAUAGGUCCUGCAUACGCUUGAUUCAGCAAAAGGUCAUGCUCCGUAGCACAUUCCCCACUCAACCUGACUUUAUAACCUGCGCUCUUGAUAAGCCCCUAAGCACUUUUACCCCUUUUGACUUCAAUGAUGAUGGAAUGAGUGUCAAGGUCUUCCAGUCAGAUAUGGACUGGAGUUCCCCUAAUUUGGCUUGGGCACGGUGCUUGGAUAUGGAUGAUGAAGAGGCAUCCACAUCCCUUCAAAGAAAAGUCAUAAAUCCAUUACGCAACUGGGGAUCUUUGUUCUGGGAUGAAUAUCGAUUGAAAGAAUAGGGCCUCAGUGCGGAAACCAUAAGAGAAGAACUUAAUUCUGCCUACGGUAAGCCAAGCGACGCGAAUGACGAUCCAGACGAAGCUGCCGGGCAUAUGUAACGACAUACUGUUCAGAUUGUAUCAGCAAUUCCCAUGUCAAUGUCAAAUGUUUUAUCAAAGAUAUGCGUGAAUAGCCACAUGUUGUACAAAGUAACAACAGAUGUAUUGCUAAGAAUUUUGUUCAUGUCGGAUGUUCGACUACACCAUUGAAUAGCGUUGAAAAGGAUAAUUGUGUCGCUUGUUCGUUAAAACGUUCAUUCUGAGGCCAUAUAUUCAAAACACGCGGGUGGUUG